UUCCCAUUCGUGUGCGAUUAACAGAAAUAGGCAGAAUAAAGCUCCUUACUUCAUCAUGAAAACAUAACAAAAACGGAUUUGAAAUGGCGACUUCUAAAGGAGCAAAUACAUAUAAUCGAUUGAAUUGGGAGGAAGCUGAUUUCCCCGUUCUCUGCCAAACAUGUCUUGGUGAUAAUCCCUACAUUCGUAUGACUAAAGAAAAGUUUGGAAAGGAGUGCAAAAUAUGUUCUCGUCCUUUUACGGUGUUUCGAUGGUGCCCUGGUUCUAGAAUGAGAUUUAAAAAGACUGAAGUUUGUCAAACAUGUAGCAAGCAAAAGAAUGUUUGUCAAACAUGCUUGUUAGAUUUAGAAUUUGGUUUGCCUGUACAAGUACGAGAUUAUGCUUUAAAUUUAAAAGAUGAGAUUCCCAAGUCUGAAGUCAAUAGAGAAUAUUAUUCUCAAAAUAUGGAACGUGAGAUUGCUAAUGCUGAUGGAAGUCAGCCUUUUGGAGCUCUUGGUAAAGCUCCGACUCCUGGUGAUCUUCUUAUGAAAUUAGCUAGAACCACUCCAUACUACAAGAGAAAUCGACCCCACAUAUGUAGCUUUUGGGUCAAAGGGGAGUGUAAACGUGGUGAAGAGUGUCCUUACAGGCAUGAAAAACCUACAGACCCAGACGAUCCAUUAGCCGAUCAAAACAUUAAAGAUAGAUAUUAUGGUGCAAAUGAUCCUGUCGCAGAUAAACUACUAAGACGAGCAUCAGCUAUGCCAAAACUUGAAACACCUGAAGAUAAGACAAUAACUACUUUAUAUGUUGGAAAUCUUGGAGAAAAGAUUACUGAGAAGGAAUUAAAGGACCAUUUCUACCAAUAUGGAGAAAUACGCUCCAUAACUUUAUUGACUAAACAACAGUGUGCAUUCAUCCAAUUUACGACAAGGCAAGCUGCAGAACUUGCUGCGGAAAAAGCUUUUAAUAAGUUGAUUCUAAGUGGACGUAGACUAACCAUCAAAUGGGGUAGAUCGCAAGCUAAAAUUAGCACUAAUACUUCUAAGGAUACUGAAAUGAAGAACUUGGAACCAGUUCCUGGAUUGCCAGAAGCUUUGCCUGCUCCUCCUGAAGAAUUGGCUAACAACUACUUCAAUUUGCCAGCAACACCCUCCAUAUUGCCUCCUGCUCCUCCUCUACCACCUCCCGGAAAUGCAAUGCCGCCAUAUCCACCUCCUCUCGCCAUGAUGCAAGGACCACCACCAUUAGGUUUAGGCUUUUCAUUGCCACCUCCUCCACCCCCUAUGCAUUUCAUGAGACAACGAAGUGUUUCAAUACGCCCCCCUCCUGUUGCUAUGCCCCCUGGUUUACGGCCUCCUGGUUCUUAUCCGCCACCCCCUCCGCAACCUCCAUCUUCUGAACCAGCAGCAUCAACAAGCUCUGAGGACUCUUCAACACAAGCAAAACCUGCAAUUCAUUAUCCAUCACAAGAUCCUCAAAGAAUGGGAUCUUCUGGCGCUGCUACUAAAUCUUAAAUGCAUUCUUCUCAAUUUGUACAAAAAAUGUAAGAUAUUUGAUCUUUGUACUGAUUUGUCAGAAAUCUGAAAGGAAGUAACAAGUAUAUAUAAAACUAAAAGUAAACAUAUAUAACAACACUGGCAAUGGAUAAAUUAUACAAACUAUUAGGGCAGUUGGUAUAUUGCUAAAAUAAUUUUUUUUUUAAUUUUUUGUUAAAAAAAAUCAGAAUCUGUUUGAAAGUUUCCAAUUUUCACUCAACUGCGAAAAGAAGCUGAUUAUAUCAAAUAUUACCAACUCUUCACUGGAAAAUUUUUGACAUAUUAUUACAUAUUGACUUAGCUUAAAACAUUAUUUUAAUAAGUUUCAAUGUUGUUUUUUUUUUUCUUUCCAAAAAAUGGUGAUAAGAAACUCCUCAUAUAUUUAAACGUAGUUUUAUCUCAUUACAUAAAACUUGCUACCCGAUUUCGUAUAAUAUUGUUUUAAAUAGCAUUUCAAAGAAAGAUAUCUCAGAAUGAAUAUUUUCUCAAUAUUGAGGUAUAGAAAACUAACACUAAUUUAUCAAUUUGUAUCGUACCAACUACAAGAAUCUGGCAGUUUUAAUGUUAAUUAUAAGUUUAUAAAUUGUAUUUAGUGUUUGUUUUAGAUUUUUGAGUUUUGAUACUCUAGUAUAUAAUGUUAAAACAAUUUUAAUGAUUACUUUUAUGUAUGGGUUUUCUUUUUUCCAUAAAAUUAUAUCUUUUUUUUAAACUUUAAUUACUAAAAUGAAACAGUCUUUUAUUUUUAUUGUCAGGAAAAAUAGCUUCAGACAUAAACUGUCACUUUAUUUUUAUAUGUUUAAAAAUUUAUUUUUUUUAGUUGUGACAUUUAAUAAAGGGAGCGUUCUGUGUGAA